CUGGCUGCCUUUUCGCCUGUACACUCCGACUGCCGCCGAGCCGCAAAGACGUCACGUUACGCGUAAGUAUGCCUAGAAUAUUAUUUACAAUUAUUAUUUAUUAUAAUACUGUCGUUAUUUUCUCGAUUCCGCCGCCGCGUAGACAACAAUUAUAUUCGCUGUAACCGUAUUUUCCGUAGCCGUUUUCGGACGGUAUCACUCUAAUAUCAGACAUGAAUGUUUAUAAAAUUAUGUGGGUACAGGUCGACGGCCGAUCCGUCGGUCGGCGGCCGCCGUUGGUCGCUUAUCCGUACUGUGUCGAGCGAUAAUAUAGUGUUAUUAAUUGCCGCUGUUUUUUUUUUUUUUUUUUUUUUUUUUUUACAUAUACUAUCAGUUUUACGAAAAUAUCGAACGACGUAAAAACCAACCGCGCCAACGACGCCGCCGCCGUCGAGCCGUCCGCGUCUCGUAAGUAUAUAGGACGUACCCAGGUUACGUCGACGGGCAGUCUAACGUUUUGUUUCAAUACUAUCGUCCAUUUUUUUUUUUUUUUCUGUUUUUUUUUCGCCCCGUUCGUUAUUAUUAUUUUGUAGGUAUUAUUAUCGCUGUUACCUACAGCAUCCGAUACACGCGACAAUGAUACCCGCUCGUCGUUUAUAUUUUUAUGAUCAAUUAUUAAUCGAUGCGCAUCAUGUUCAGUAACAACGGGUCAAGUCCGUUGUAAAUUAUUGAUCCAUUGAUUUAAGUAGAUUACCAUGCGCAUUAAUAAUAAUAAUCCAACGGUUAGUCUUUUUAAGUACUAUAAUAUUAGGAACAAAUUUCGCGGGGAGGGGGUAAACAAAGUUCGAAAUAUUGACAGUUUUUAUCAAAAUUCGAUACGCGUUUAUGGUAUACAUUCUUCAGAAUAGGUGUAAAACUGUUUAAAUAUGAUUGAAAAUAAGACUAUAAAUUAGACGAUUCUAGUACGAUGACUGAAAAAAAAAACACUAGAUUCAAAUUUAAUAAUACACUCGUGCUCUAAAAAAAAUCACCUUGUUUAUCUUAAUUUAAGAUUAUUUAUUUACCUAGUUCUAUCGAUUUACUUAUUUAUUUGUUUUUAUUUUAUUUUGUUUAAUUGUCUAUGGCCGAACCAAAUUUAUAUUUUUCUUUCUUUUGUUGUUGACAAUUGUUUGUGCACGUUUAUGUUAGUUUAUAUGAUUAUUUAAUAGGUGAAAAAAAUUAUUACAACACAGUGUUAAUAAAGAACCAACAAUUUAUGUAUAUAUAAAAUAAAAAUACACAAACAUAUUAAGUAAACACGAAUUAUAAAACAAUAUAAUUAAGUCAAAAUAGUUUUUAGUUUAAUAAUAUUUAUAUUGUAUAAAUUAUUGAUUAAUUAUGAUAAUAAUAAUAUAGGUGCAUAGGUAUUGUAAUUCUUUCAUUGAAUAUGUAAUAUUAUGUGAUUGGUACUAUCAAAUACAAGUAGCGAACUAGUACGUGAUAUAUCUCUUUAAGAGGAUCAACUUUUUAUAUAGAUAAAAUUGUCUUGACCGAGCAAAAAUGCUUGAAUAUUUUAGACGAGAAUCUUCACAAUUUGUCCUAGAUCAGUGGUUCUCAACCUUUUGGAUUCGGUCACCCUCAUCCACGAUAACCCAACACUACGUCUCCCUGACAUCAAAAUAAUAGUUAUAAAUGUAGAAAAACUGACUAAGUCCCGCUUCAGAUAACGUAGCGUUGUCGCACGUCGAACGGACGUAUUUAUCGGAUCUAUAGUGUAGUUAACACUAUAAAUAGAAAUAAAUAAUACAAAGAUAAGAAUUUUGCAGUAUCUGUGCCGUUUAGUGUAAACAAUUAUUGCGUUGUUUGAGUGUGGUAGCAAUCACAUGAUUACCGUUACAAUAAUACGAUUUUAAAAAAAUUUCUAUAUUUUUAAACUUUUCCCCGAGGAUUUCUUGUCACCCCUACAUUGGAUCCAUGUCACCCCGGUUGAGAACCACUGUCCUAGAUACUGAAAAAAAAUUCAAACGUAAUUUAGAAGUUUUUUUUAUAAAUAUUCUAAGUUUAAAUUUUAACGAAAAUCGCCUAAAAAUCAUGGCAUUUCAAAACAUAAUAUUUAAUCAAACUUCGGCUCAGAAUCGUUUUUCGUUAGAAUUAUUUAUUUUCCUUGCAGAUAAAAUAACAAUUUGAAUAACUAUGUAUUCUAUACCUUCCUAACAUCCCACCUACGACAGUGAUAAACCCAUCAGUAAAAAUCAUCAGUAUUUGUGUACAACUAAAAGGUGAAAAUAUAUAGUUUAAACUAUAAGAUUAUAAUAACAUUCAAAAAAUAUUAUGUAUUACAUAAUAUAUGAAGAUGUAAACUUAUUGUGGUUAAUUUCCAUAGGUGUUUUAAAAUUUAAAUAUUGUUUAUUUAAAUACUUAACUGUACGUUAUCCUCAAAAUGUUUGGUUAUGUUACGCUCGUCGGUAAUUUGAAAAAUGACGUCACUGCACAAUAGAUAAUCGAGAACUGUCAAUCAUCGCCCCAUACUGUGAACGUCCAAUCGAUUGUUCCGCCCUCCCGAGCACAUUUUCCAGUAGUCAUUUCACAGGGUAGACGUACUCGUAUAUUAUUAGACACACACACACACACACACAUAUAUAUAUAUGUACACAUAUAAUAUAUGAGUAAUUUUAGUUUUGUGAAAUGUGCUUCGAGGGGAAAACACAAUUUCAAAAUAACGUAGGUUUACUGUCAUAGUAAGAUGAUAAAUAAAGUUUAUCAUCCAAUAUACUUUUUCGUAGAUACCCAAAGCAAAAAUUGUAUAAUAACAUCUGGGUAAUGGAAUUUACCACUUGUACUUUGAUAUAAAAGUAUUAAGUAAUAAUCAAAUAAAAAAUGAAAUUUGUUUUCCAAUGAUUUAUUUGGCGCCCAUUGGAAAAUUAUUGCUUAAAAUAGCUAAGGUUUAUAGUAAACAUAUGCAAAUAAAAUAUUCUAAUUAUCUAUAAACAAAACCUAAUCUUCUCUAUUUUUUAACAUUUAUAUAAGAGUAAUUUCCAGCAUUAUACUAAUAUGUGUUUCAGAUUCCGAGGCAGGGGGAUAAUGGAUUUAUAAUGAUGUUUAUUAUUUCUAUUAUUUUUUCUUUGAUCUCUAUUCUAGUCUUUCGUCUUUCGUCAGCAAUGGUUUAUCUUUGCUUAAGAAUAUAUAUGAAAUAACCUUAUGUAUCCUACAUUCCCAAUAAGAAUAUUACUCAACUCACUAAAUUGCAAAAUGAUUCAUUAAAAAUGAAAUAUCUAGUCAACGUAAUAACAGUAAUUAAAAAUUUUCACAUCAAGAUAUAUUUAAACUAGUUUAAAUAAAUAAAACAAUUAAUCAAAUUUUCAAAAAGUUUUCAAAUCGGUAAUUUUUAAAUAAAUAAUAUUAUUUAAAUGGAUAAAUUAACUGUAACAAAAAAUUUGAAAGACCAUACAAUAUCUAUGUUACUAGAAAUUUUGACGUUAAGGCCGUCCGAGACAGUCAAGUCACCUCCAUCGUUCAUAUCCUCGUUAUUCUGCUGUCGCAAUGAACGGCAAUCACAAAAUAGUUUUACAGCAAAAUAGCGAGGAUAUGAAUGGUUACGAUGAAAAAGCGAUGCCAUGUAUUAUUUAUCUGUCUGAAUCAUCACUGCACUGCUACGAGAGGCCGAGCACAAUCAAAUCGUCGUCACUGUUUAUAUUCUCGUUAUUUCGCUGUCGCAAUGAACGGCAAUCACAAAAUGGUUUUACAGCGAAAUAGCGAGGAUAUGAACGGUUAUGGUGAAAAAACGAUGGCGGUUUAUUCCAAAUUUAUUUGGAAAUUAUAUUGUUUGGAAAUUAUUUAGUACAAUUUUGAAUAGCUCUACCUACUAUUUUACUUAAAUAUUAAUUUAGGGCCUAUGCAGAAAAAAUGUUUAGAGGGAAUAAACAAAUAUCAUCUUUAUGUCACUCAAUAUUCUAUUAAAAUAUUAAAAUCUCCUUACAUGUGUUUUAUGCACAUAUUUAUGAAUUUUGUGAAUCUUUAUUAUUGUAUUAGGUACAUAGGAUUAGAUUAAAUUGAGAUUAAAUAAUUAAAUUCAAAAAUGUUAUUUUUUUAUAGUGCAUUGACUGCCGCUAUUCUUCUUUAACUUCCCUUCUCAAUAAAUUAGGGGCAAUAUGUCUUGUUGUAUCAUAUAUAAAUUAAACUAAAUUAAUUUACCGAUUAAAUUAAGUAUGUAGUAUUAUAGGUUUCAAUAACAGAGUACUUAUUAAUUAUUCAUUAUUAUUUUUAAAUAUCCUACGGCACUGAUAUUAAUUCAACAGUGUUAAUAAUGUAUUAUGUAUAUAGCAUACAGCACCGCUCCUAAAAUUAUAGAUCCCUUAAUAUUUCGGAGGAUUUUAUUAAACCCUUGACCCCUUACACUGUAUUAAACUCACUAUCUAUAACGUGUAUUGUUUACUUAUAUUGUACUUAACUAUGUUUUGUAAAUUUUUUUUUGUACUUUGAAAAAAAAAACGUUUUGACUUGAUGUAUACUUAAAAUUCAAACUUUAAUCAUUUUACAUGCUCAAAUAACUAUUUUUAUUUAUUAUUGUAUUUUAUAGACAAUAUAUUAUGUACGUUUUAAGAAAAUAAUGAAAUAAAAAUCAUUAUUUUUUAUUAAGUAUAAAUAGUAUUAAUAUAAUUGUAUUUGUUUUUAACCCUAAAAACAGUAGUUACAAAAUAUUACCCUUCCAUUUUUUAACACCUAUCUAUACUUUAUUUAUAUUACUGUAAAUUAAUUGUAUUCAUUAUUUUUUUCUUACAAAUUAUGUAGAUUUUACUAUAUGAUUAAUACAUUGCAAUAGUAUAACAGAUUGGUUUUAUGUUAUCGUGAUCUAGUGAUUAACAACGAAGGUUAUGAGUAAAUUUGAUCUUAUUCCUUUUUCAGUCAUUAUAGAAUCGUUUUAUCGUCUCAUUUUCAAUAUUGUUUUCAAAACUUUACCUAAAAUGCUAUUAUUAUUGCCACUACCUCCUAAACAUUGAUGUCAGUUGGGGGGCUUGGGUGACUUAAUUUCCCCUCCAAAACUCAAUCGAGCCCUCCAAGUCUAGUCCUAAUCAAGUAAGUAUUAAAUGUACAUAAUUUUUUUAAUCUAUUAUUCCCUCCCCAAAAAAUAUAUUUUAGCUAUUUUCCCUUAUGUUCUUUUUGCUGAAGUGUCAUUAUUCAUUAGUUAUUCUGCUUGACCUACCGAUCUUGAAUCAAAUCAAAUAAUUUGGCUUCGCAUGGAUUUAUUGCCGUUCUUGUGGAUAAAUUUAAGAGUUUUGAUAACAUUAAUUAAAAAACUAUAUGGAAAUGAUACAGUUUACUAUUAUUCGUGUUAUAAAUUGCCAUUAUUUAUCUAAAUUAUCAACAUUACAAUUAACAGGAUUUCCAUAACCCGUGUUCGUCAUGGAGAUAAAUUUUAUCAGAUUAUGUUUCCUAUGCCUGAUGGCCACGGCUGUGUACUGUAUGGAUUCUACGGGCCGAGAAUGUGGUGACCUAGGUCCACCGCCUUCCAUACUGGACAUGCCUCCGCCUCCGAUGCCGUCAUUUUUGGCUGCCGUUUUGGACGGGCAGCCAGAAAACAACGAAAUGGAUUCGGGCACCAAGGAGCUAUUGAUGGAAACCAAUGAAUUGGACUCUGGUAAACCAUGUAAGUCUAUGUGUGACUUGGACCAAGGAGUGGGAUUCAUCGAAUUACCGCAACAAGGUUUGAGCAUUUGUCGAAUUACAUAAUAUCUCUUUUGUAGAUAAGGUAUUAUUUGUUUCGUUGCAUGAGAAAUUACCCCCCUCUCCAUCCUACACAGUACUCGUACAAUUCAAAACGAACUUCAUAGAAUAACUCAGAAAGUAGAAUACGUAAUAUUUUUUUUUUUACACGAAUUUGAAAACUGACAGUAUACAUAACUUUCAGGUCCUAUUAUCGAGACCUAUUCCUGGUGGAUGUUGCUGACCACAUGCUUGCUCGUGGUGAUGCUGAUCGGCACAGUCAUACUAGUGAUCGUCAUCCGGAUGAGAGAGUGAGUAUACCAAACAGAACACUGAGUUACAAAAUAUUAUCCUAUAUUACAACCGAGCGAGGAUUUUAGGGGGAAGGUCUGUACUGCAGCCUGCACCAAACUAAAUAAUAAAAAAAAUUAUUAAGUUUGCAAAUAUUGUUUGAACGUAAUUUUAUCUAGAUAAGCAGGUAUAUACAGAAUGUCCCGCGGAGAUUUGACAAAUUUAAUAGUUCGUUCUGUUCAAUAUCUUAAUUUUAAUAAUUAUUAGAGCCUUACACUAUAAUUUUUUUUUUUUUAAUUUUUUUUUUGUUUUUACUAAAAGUAAAAGAUUACAAUUUUUAAAAACAUUUUUUUUUUUUCGUGACAAAAUCCAUACACUAACAAGUUUAUUUUGAAACAUAAUAUUGGUGUUACAAAUGUUCACUAUAACGAUAUGUCGCUGAUUCUCUACAAUAUUGUUUGAAGUUUAGAAAAAUCAUUAACAAACAUUUUUUUCGUAGAAAGAUUAAUGAAUUGAUCGAUAUUGUGAGUAUUGAUAUUGAAAGCGAUUAAAAUUAUAUAGUAAACAUAAAAACAAUUUUAGACAAUUACCGGUUCAUCAUAAAUAAACAUUUGCAUCGCCCGAAUUUUAUUUCGAAAUGAAUGUAUGAAAUAGCUCGGAUUUUAAAAAAAAUGUUACAACUAUUUUCAUUUUUAGUUUUAAAAAAAAAUAACAUUCAAACCAUAUUGCAAAGCUCUAGAAAUAUUAUAAAAAAAAAAAUAAUAAUAAAAUAAUAAAAUAAAACGGAUAAGCUUUUGUCGGAUCUCCGCGGGUCGUCCUUAUUUAUCGAGCGAGCUUGUCCUAAUGCAUUUUCCGGCUCUGGCCCGCAGUAAAAAACAACGCUGGAGCAAAUCGGACUUCAGCCCGGAGCCGAAAAAGAGUCCGCCGCUGUACGACACCAUCGACAUUUCGCCGAAAACGUUUUGGGCCACGCUGUCGCCCACGGGCAACAUCGACACGACCGCCACGACCCGCCGACCGGUGCACCACCAUCCGCAGACCAUAGCCAACCCGAACUUCGAGAACGGAGCGUACUACCCGUACGAGCAGCAGCACGAGUACCAACAGAUCACCACCAUCCGCCGCACCGUGCCCGAGUACCAGACCAUCAGGCCGCACGUGUCGUCGCCCACGCGCAUCGAACACCCGAACAUGCCGCCGUUGAACCUGUACAGAUCGAUACGCCGGAUUUCGGAUUUGGAAUCGCCGUAAAACGCCGUCGCCGCCGGCGGCGAGUCUCGUCGCCCGGCCGACGGCUAUAAUAUUCCGGCGUCGUCGCGUGUUUCUCGCCCCGCCUAGCCGCACCCNGGACCGCCCUCCCACCUUCACUCCCUCCCUGGCUAUCACCUCCCGAGUAGCGGAAACGCCGCCGGUAUUUCGCGUCCUCCCGCACCGAUGAUCCCGAAAUCGCGUUUUCCAUUCGACCGCACACUCUGCGGUGUUCGAUUGGAUAUUAUCCUAUGGACGGUCUUUGACGUUAUUUAGUGACGGCUAUAAUAACAAUAAUAGUACGCGUAUGGUGGUCAUUGCGAUAAUAUUCUACGCUACAGUAUGAUAUUAUAAUAGGUGCAGAACGAUUGUUUUGUAAGAGUGAACCGGCGACGAUUAUAAUAAUUAAUAUUGUCUACGAAUAGAUUUUCAGUGAAUUUUUUUUUUUUUUUUUAUUUCCAAAAGGUUGUACUAAAGAAUAGCUGCGAAAAAAGAAAAUUUUCUAAUCAAAUGUACACGAAUUUUUCGUACGAACGAUAAUCGUAACGGUAAAACCGUCACCCUGUAUACCCGUGCUAUCGUGGGAUAUUAUUAUGGGCAUACGCGUAUUUUACCUUUUAUUUAAUUUUUUUUUUUUUUUUCAACGGAUUCAACGGUUCGUAAUAAUCGCACGGCGCGCUGCACAUAAUACCUACACAACAACAAUGAGAAAAACACGUUUCAGGAUAUAAAUCCUAACAUUUUUUUGUUGUGUUUUUUUCUUCUUCGUCUGUCGUUAUAUUGUGUAUACGGUUAUUAUUGGCGAAACGUGCAAAAUAUAGAAAUCGAUGUUUCGUAGGUACUGUUUCCGAAAAUAAUUCUCCCUGUAAAAAACGUGCACGUGUAACUAUAAUGCGCGUGACGUCACGUCGUCGUUUGACGAAAUUUAAUAUUAUUAACCGCGCGACUUACCGAAUUUUCGUUCAGCGAGAACAAUAAUAAUAUUUCUCUGCGCCGUUAGUUUUAAUAUUAAAGUGAAUCGACCUAUUAUCAAAAUUAAAGAUAAUAACAUUAUCCGAGUCAUCGUUGUUUUUCGCAUAAUUUUAAUUUUACAAUAAUUUUAAGCGUGGUAUGGGUGUGCGAAAAAUCACGAUUUGAAAAUAAAUCUUAUAACUCGCUUGAAAAUUAAAAUUACGAGAAAAAAAACGACGAACGCUAAGCGGAAUAUGACGUUGUUAUCUUUAAGUUUGAUAAUAGGUCACUUCGUUCUAAUAUUAAAACCGACGGCACAGAGUUGUCUCCGCCGAACGAAAAUUUACAUAUGUCGCGCGGAGACAGCACGUCAUGUGGAUGUAACGUCCACUUUACUCUGUUGUAGUGUUACUGUCGGGCUCAAACAAAAGCUCUCAAUGAAAAUAAGAAAAAAAACUUCCCCUUAAACGUCGAUUACGCUGGGCGAGUUCACGAGUUUACUCGCUACUAUCCGCGUGUCGUUUCACGUUACCGGUUUCAAUAAUUUAUCACCUAAAUAGUGCUGGAGUGCUAUGCGUAUAGUUGUACAUUUAAUUGCGAUUUAACGGUGAUUAUUGACGGUUUAAAUAUCGAAACACCCACGAUAUUUGAAUUUACCGACGGCGGUUGGACAUCGGUAAUAUACUUUAUUUACCUACUAAAAAAUAUCCAAACCGGGUGCAAACGCGAGAAAAAUAACAGAUAGUCGUGAGGGGGAGAGGGUGGUAAAUUGAUAUCGUCAUUGUACCGCUGUUGUAUACAUUUAAAAUCUCAUAGUAGAUAUUCUUUUUUUUUUUUUUAAAUUAUAAACAAUUUGAAGACUUUAUAUUUUAUAUUAUUACUAUUAAAUUUAAGAACGCGAACCUAAUAAAUAAUCUCAUUUUGUUAUAAAUUAUAAAAAUACUGUACCUAUACACCUAGUAUUCUUCUGUUAUGUUGUAUUUAUUUUUUUUUGUUAAAAUGUUUUAUUUAUUAGAUAUUUUUUUUAUUUUAUUUUUAUUUCGUAUGUAUUUCAAUACCUACCAUAUAAUAUUAUUAUUAUUGUACAAACUGGAU